UUACAUUUUGAAAAACAAAUUAACAAGACUCAAAACACUUUUACAAAGAACAAAACAAAUUUACAUAUUAAAAAACAAAUUAACAAGACUCAAAACACUUUUACAAGUCCCGAAACAAAUUUACAAACGACAGAUUCUUCACGGAAAGGGAAUGUACCACACACCGGAAGUGACGCGAAGUAAUACGGAAGUGACACGGUGGUGUUGGUGAGCGCGGGCAAUUCGCGUUGUAGUUGUGGAGUAAAUGGCGUAAAUGAAGUUUAUGGUGACCGAACAUGGACUGCGACCGAGGGAUAUUUUGCCCGUUUUGUGGCAAACACAUGAACACAUUAACGCGGUUUUGCUUCACGUGUGGCCGGUGUUUGGAGUUUCUGAAAGACGCGGACCAGACGGAAACACCGGACAUACUGCAUCAUUGCGUUCAGUAUUUCAACGAGGGCCAUUCCUACGAUGUAAUUGUGGACAUGAUGUCAAGCCUACACGGUGUAAACAUCAGCUUGAGGACUCUUAAAAGUAAACUGAACGAAGCCGGGUUGUACCGCCGAAAGGAUUAUUCCUCUCCAAACACCGUGAGUAACGCCAUCAGAUUGGAACUUCGUGGACCUGGACAACUAUUUGGCUACCGCACGAUGUGGCAGGUACUUAAACAAAAGUACAAUCUUCGAGUGAAGAGAGAUGAUGUGAUGAAUUUGCUCCGGGAGCUUAAUCCUCGAGGGUGUGAGAGCAGAACACGCAGAAGGUUUACAAGAAGAACCUACCACUCAAUGGGACCUAACUAUAUGUGGCACGCAGAUGGUUAUGAUAAACUUAAGCCAUUCGGUUUGGCCAUUUCGGGAUGCAUAGAUGGAUUUUCACGUAAAGUACUGUGGCUUGAAUGUGGACCAACAAAUAAUAACCCAACGGUGAUUGCUCACUAUUUCAUGUCAUGUGUGCAAAACCUCGGUGUCAUCCCCAUGAGACUGAGGACUGAUUGCGGCACUGAGAACGGCAUAAUGGCUGCAAUUCAAUGUACCCUACGCCACCAUCACAGUGACUACUACUCUGGAGCGUCCAGCCACAUGUACGGCUCAUCUAUAAAUAACCAGCGUAUUGAGUCCUGGUGGUCUAUAUUUAGAAAGGGGAGGUCUCAGUUCUGGAUGGAGUUAUUUACGGACCUUAGAGAUGCCGGAUACUUUAACGGGAGUCAUGAGCAUCAGUGUCUCUUGAGAUACUGCUUCGGUGAGGUUAUUCAGAAGGACUUAGAUGAGUGUGUGAGACUGUGGAACAGUCACAGGAUUCGCCCUUCCAGAACAGCAGCAUGUCCAGGAGGAGUGCCCAAUGAACUCUACUACUUACCACACAGGUUUGGUUCCAGAGACUGUGCAUUUCCAAUUCAACAGGCUGAAUUGGAUGCCCUUCCUGAGGCUAGCCUGUUCAUUACUCCUUGUGGGGACCCAAACAUGCAGGAGUACUUGGACUUUGCCAUGGACCACAAUCAGUUACUGAAGCCAGAAAACUGGGAGUCUGCAUCAGAACUGUACAUGAUUCUAAAAGAAAUGGCUCGGCUAUGAAAGGAUCAAAAAGGGAGUUUUUAUUGUAGUGGUGGAACACUGUCUGAACACAAUGUUUACGAAUCUGUCACCCACAGCUUUGCUGUUUAAGUGUAAAGUAAAUUAAUCAAAAAUAGUAAUGUUUAUUAAAAUUUUGUAGUAAAGAACAACUUCUUUAAGUACUUCUUUAUCUAAA